AUGGGGCUGGAGAUGGCGCCGGUGGAAGCAGAGAGAUCGCCGGAGCAGCCGGAGCUGGAGAUUUACCCGCUGUGCCGCUACUACUUCGGCGCCAGGGACGCCCGGACAGGCGCCGGCGAGACUGCCGCCGACCGCGCCCUCCGCCUCAAGGCCAACUUCGCGGCUCACGGGCUCCGGACCUGCGUCCAUGGCGUCCUGCUGGUCGAGCUGUCGGGUCACCCGCACGUGCUGCUCCUGCAGGUCAGGAACUCCUCCUUCCUGCUCCCGGGCGGCCGCCUCAGGCCUGCCGAGCAAGAUGUCCAAGGCCUUAAACGCAAGCUUUCCAGCAAGCUAGCGUCUGCGGAUCCAAACGGCGACCACCACUGGCAGAUCGGGGAGUGCAUUGGCAUGUGGUGGAGAUCCGAAUUCGAGGCCAGGCCGUUUCCAUAUCCGCCUCCAAGCACUCGUGCACCCAAGGAAUGCGUAAAGCUGUUCUUGGUUAGGCUGCCCAUGGCUCGCCAGUUCAUCGUGCCGAGGAACCUGAAGCUCCUAGCCGUGCCUCUGUCCCAGAUCCACGACAAUUAUCAGGUGUAUGGCCCAAUCAUUUCUGGAAUUCCGAAUCUGCUCUCCAAGUUCUCCUUCAACGUUGUAAGGGACUGA